GGGGUCCGGGCGCCUGGGCGGGGCGGGGCGGGGCCUGGAGGGCGCCCUGUGCCGGCCGGCCGCGUCCGAGCGCCUCGGGAGCGCAGCGCCCGCGUAUGGAGGCUUCCUUGGAGUCCGAGCCCGGGCCCCGGGGCCCCCCAGCCACCUCCGAGCGCCGCGGGCUGCGCUGCCCACUGCUGUCCGGCUUCCGAGAGGAGCUGCUGGCGCUCCUCGCCCUGGCGGGUCCCGCGGGAGUUCCCUGGCGCGGCGGCACACCUCCUGGUAGCAGAGUUCCGAGUCUGGAGCACUCUCGGAGCGAGCCCUGGACCACCGGAACCUUCGCUGAGUUCCUGGCCCAGCUGAUGAUAUUCCUGAUCAGUUUCAUCAGCUCUGUAUUCUGUGGCCACCUGGGCAAGCUGGAACUGGAUGCCGUUACCCUCGCAAUUGCGAUAAUCAAUGUCACUGGCAUUUCUGUGGGACAUGGCUUAUCUUCUGCUUGCGACACCCUCAUCUCCCAGACGUACGGGAGCCAGAACCUGAAGUACGUGGGGGUGAUCCUACAGAGGGGCACACUCAUCCUGCUGCUCUCCUGCUUCCCGUGCUGGGCACUCUUCCUCAACACUCAGCACAUCCUGCUGCUCUUCAGGCAGGACCCAGAAGUGUCCAGGCUUACCCAUGCCUAUGUCAUGAUCUUCAUUCCCGCUCUUCCUGCAGCUUUUCUUUAUACAUUACAAGUUAAAUACCUGCUCAACCAGGGAAUCGUUCUGCCCCAGAUUGUGACCGGAGUUGCAGCCAACCUUGUCAAUGCCUUUGCCAACUAUAUAUUUGUCUAUCAGCUGCACCUUGGAGUGACGGGUUCUGCGCUGGCCAAUACCAUUUCCCAGUUCACCCUGGCUCUUCUCCUCUUUCUCUACAUCUUCUGGAGAAAACUGCAUGAAGCCACAUGGGGAGGCUGGUCCCUCGAGUGCCUGCAGGACUGGGCCUCCUUCCUGCACCUGGCCAUCCCCAGCAUGUUGAUGCUGUGCAUUGAGUGGUGGGCCUACGAGAUCGGGAGCUUCCUGAGUGGUGUCCUUGGCACUGUGGAGCUGGGCGCCCAGUCUGUUGUGUAUGAGCUGGCUGUCAUCGUGUACAUGAUCCCUACAGGCUUCAGUGUGGCUGCCAACGUCCGGGUAGGAAAUGCACUCGGUGCUGGAAACAUUGAACAGGCAAAGAAGUCCUCCGUGGUGUCCAUGGUGAUCACAGAGCUCUUUGCUGUAACCUUUUGUGUCCUGCUACUAAGCUGUAAGGAUGUUUUGGGGUACAUUUUCACUACCAACAGAGACAUCAUUGCUCUGGUGGCUCAGGUGGUCCCAAUUUAUGCUGUGUCCCACCUCUUUGAAGGUCUUGCUUGUACCUGUGGAGGCAUCCUGAGGGGGACUGGAAACCAGAAGGUUGGAGCCAUUGUUAAUGCCGUGGGUUAUUAUGUGAUUGGUCUUCCCAUUGGGAUCGCACUGAUGUUUGCGACUGAGCUCGGAGUGGUUGGCUUGUGGUCAGGGAUCAUCAUCUGCGCUGUCUCUCAAGCUGUGUGUUUUCUGGCCUUCAUUGCUCGGCUCAACUGGAAACAAGCCUGUCAGCAGGCUCAAGUACAUGCCAACUUGAAGGCAGAUAUGCCCCUGAGUGAAAAUUCUACUGUGUCUCAGGAUCCAGUUUACCCAGUGAGUCCUGAAAACCAUGGAGAGAUUUCAAUGACACAUUUUGAAAAGAAGGAGGAGACUCAACCGGAACAGGAGACACACCGAGAACAACCUUUGCCUGCCCACACAAAAGACAACAAAUUGUCUGGGAGACAGUUGGUGCUGCGGCGAGGGCUUCUGGUCCUUGGGGUCCUUGUGGUCCUGCUUGUGGGGGUUUUAGUGAGAGUAUAUGUCAAAAUUCAGUGAUGUGUGUGAAGGGCAUUCACUUUCCAGACCCAAAGACAGUUCUUCAUUCUUGCAAGAGUAGGGUACCAGCCCAACAGACAGACUGACAGACCACCAGAGGGGUAUCUGUGGGCAAUUUAACUCCUUCCCCUCCUUACAUGCAGUUCCCUCCUCUCUCUUCAUUGGCUACCUAGGGAAGGUAAAGUUUGUCUGACAGAAGCCUGAUGUCUUCUUUACCCUGCUCCCUGUGAAGGCCUUUUGUCGGUUUCUAAAAGCAAGUGAUUGAACUAUAGGGAGCAACUUCUUAACUGCCAGUGCUGCAGAGUUAGCAUAGCGUUCCAUUCUUAAUUGACUACUCCCUUUCGCUUUUGUUUAGAAACCCUUUCAAAUGCAUGACUGCAGAAGACCAUUUAAAAUCUUUCUUACAUGAGGCAAGAUGCCUGCAUGAUACACAUGGGGUUACCUCCUGAGAAGCCCUUCAGAAGGUGUAAAUACCCUAAGUCAGGGCUGGGCAUAUAGCUCAGUGGUAGAGCAUGUGUUUAGCAUGCUGAAGGCCCUUGGUUCAAUCCCCAGCACCACCAAGACAACAAUAAAAAGAAAAAAAAAAAAAUAUUGUUGACAGUACAUUUAAUACACCUUACCUCCAAAACAUCCUAGUUUAGCAGCUAUAGCAUAGAGUGUCUGUUGCCCUCGUGACUGACGAGCUGACCCAGAGCUGCGGCUGUUUGUCUAGCAUCCUGACGGAGGAUUGUAGCACACACAUAUUGCUACCUGAAGAUUGCUACCCCUGUGAUCUCACACACAUAUUGCUAAUCUGAAAAGCUUCAGAUUUAAAGUACAUUUUCUACUAUGUUGAGCCCUUAAAAUUCAGACCAUCUUAAGUUGAGGGCCACUUGUGCUUUUGAGUUUAUAGAUAAAUAAUUCAUAGGUCCAGCAAUGGCAGUUCAUUUUCACCUAAUGUAAUUCAGCUGUGCCCAUGGAUUUUUAAGAACUGAGAAUUCAAAUAUUUUUCUAAUGAAGAAAAGGAGCUAAGGCAAACAUUAUAUUUUGGCCCAAGACAGUGUGUGAAAGGUGACUCUAGAGUAAUAAUUCACCAGUCUCAACCAAUGAUCACUGUGGAUCCUGCAUUUAUCUAUGACUUUCAUGUUUCUCAUGCUUACUGUUUUCUAAGACACAAACUUAUAUACAAAGUGUUUAAGGAUUCUUACUGUGUGAUUUUUAAAAAUACAUUUUACAUAUAUCUUG